AUGACUUUAUUCCCAGCCCGCCCUCAAACCCUGAGCGACGAGGAGCCUACGCCACAACCUACUCCAGGCGCUCUCCGAGCGGCCUUCGAUGCCCCGAGGAAGCGGAAGUGGCCUAAGCGCCGCCCCAUGCCCCUUGACGACCCUACAACCCCUCCAGCACAGCCACCUCCCACCCCUUCACAAUCCUUGGAACAGGACCCACCAGCCCCAUCACCAUCGCACCCAACUAUAACGGAAGGGGGAGGGGGGGGGGGGGUCAGCCCUCAGCAUACGGCCGACCCAGGGCAGUAUAUGCCAGGCGCGCCUACUCAAGGGUUGAGUCCCGCAGAGAUGAGGGCUAACGUCCAGGCUGACCCUGCGAGCACACCACCAUUCCCUCAGGCAUCCUGUCUUGAUCCGUUAGAUACAGACGAAGCGGACGACCAACCACUAACCCCUGAAGAAGCCCACCACCAAUUGGCACGAUACCCCUACAUGUUCCAACAAGAGCCGGCGAUUGAAGUCACGGCGGACGAACCAGUCCGACCACUGGGCACCAUCCCUCCCGCACCGCUCCCCACCUGUCUGCACACCAUCUCCGCUACACCGCUGAGAGAUCAACCAACAACGCGCACGGUUGUGGUUCGUACCGUAGAGCCAACCCGUCCCUGA